AUGGCUUCUUCUCCACCUCCUCGUGGCCUCUUGAUGUCCUUCUUCGUCCUCCCUCUACUCUCCCUCCUAAUAAAUCCCGCAACCUCUAUUCGCACCUCCAUCAUCAAGCUACCAGGAAGCGACGAUUCUCGCUCCUCCGCCGCAGACACCUACUGCGAGAGCUGGAGAUUGGCCGUCGAGACCAACAACGCCGGAACAUGGGAUGUGCUUCCAUCCUCGUGCGUUGACUCCGUCGCCCGUUAUCUCAACGGAGAACAGUACGGUUCUGAUUACAGUGUCAUCGUCGAUUAUGCGCUGGCCUUUGCUAAAACGGUUAACAUUUCCGGCGACGGAAAGGACGUGUGGAUCUUCGACAUAGAUGAGACGUUACUCACGAAUAUCGGCUACUAUAUGGCUCAUGGUUACGGUAUAUCUAGGUCUGAACCGUUUGAUUCCAAAAGGUAUAAUGAGUGGGUGGUACGUGGUACAACUCCAGCUUUUGCUGUGAGCUUGAGACUGUACAAUGCUAUCAAGAAAUUUGGUUUCACUAUCGUUCUACUAACUGGUCGGGACGAGGACAAAAGGAAUGUCACGGAGACAAAUCUCCGAGAUGUCGGUUAUUCUGGUUGGGAAAGGCUUCUCUUGAGAGGUCCUGAAGAUCAAGGGAGGACAGCUACAAAUUACAAAUCCGAGCAGCGAUCGAAAUUGAUCAACCAAGGCUUUAAAAUCCGUGGCAAUACCGGUGAUCAGUGGAGUGAUCUUCUAGGCUUUGCCGUGGCUGAUCGAUCUUUUAAAGUCCCAAACCCAAUGUAUUACAUUCCUUGA